GCAAUAACUUUUCAGCCGACGACCUAAGGAUCAAUACGGCUUAGCCGCAGUUGCGGUGAGCGGUCAACAGUCAAGCAACGGGCUCGAUCUCCUUUCGAAACAAUCCUGCGGCACCGGCAUUACCGCUCGGACCCUCCGGCCGGCGGGACGUGUCGCUUGUCAUCGGCUCGGCGGGUAUUGAUAACCAUCAAUUGAAACACGCGAUCAACUAAAUAAUUUCUAUUCGGCAAAAGUAGCAUUCGGUACUCGUCGGGUUUGUGGCGGGUCGCUGGUUGUGUUGAGGCUACUGAUAUCUGCGCGCUUCGCUGGUGCGGCAUGGACAAGGAGUGCGUGGGCUGGGGCCGCUGGCAGGCGCGCAUCGCGGCGCUGCUGGCGCUGCCCGUGCUGCUGACGGGCAUGUACGGCACCAACUACGUGUUCCUGGCUGCGCACACGCCGCACAGAUGCCACAUACCAGAAUGCGAGGACAACAGCACACUGUCAGGGCCCGUGGACGCGGACUCGUGGGCACCGGGCUGGUCCUCCUGGGCCCUGCCGGAGGACUCGCCGGAGUGCCACCGGCGGCCUUCGCCUGGCGGCGUGUGCCACGAGGACGCCUUCGACAACACCACCCGACUCGACUGCGAAGACUUCGUCUACCAGCACCACAGCGGCAUAGUGGCUGAGUUUGGUCUGGCGUGCCAGGAGUGGAAGCGUACACUGGUGGGCACGGUGCACAACGCGGGCAUGCUGGUGUCGCUGCCCAUAAUGGGAUACGUGUCCGACAAGUGGGGUCGCCGCGCAGCACUGGUGAGCAGCGGCGCGGGCGCCGGCGUGCUGGGGCUGUGCAAGUCAUUCGCGGGCUCGUACCCCGCGUACCUUGUGUUCGAGUUCCUGGAGACCGUGCUGGGCGCCAGCGUGUACCCCGCCGCCUUUGUGUUAAUGAUCGAGUGGCUGGGAGUGGAGCAUAGGAUCCUGGCCAGCCUACUGUUGGGCGUCCCGCUGGCGGCGGGCGCGGCGUCGCUGGCGCUGCUGGAUUACCUGGCGGGCUACUGGCGCACGUGGGCGCGCCUGGCCUACCCGCCCUCGCUGCUGCUGCUGCUGUACCCCUGGCUGCUGCCCGAGAGCGUCCGCUGGCUGGUUGCGGGCGGGCGCGCGGCCGAGGCCAUCCGCGUCAUCAAGCAGGCCGCGCGGGCCAACCGGGUGGCCGUCGACGCGGCCGCGCUCGACAAGAUGCUGGCGAAAGACCAAAUCACCAAUAAAGUCGAGGCCAUCGUUGAAGAGGAGAGUCUCUUCUCGGCUUUUAUCAAGUACGGCGCGCUGCGGCGGCGGCUGCUGGUGUGCUUCGCGUGGUGGGCGGGCGCCGUGUUCGUGUUCUACGGGCUGGCCGUGCGCGCGCACGCGCUGGCGGGCUCGGCGCACGCCAACUACGCGCUGCUGGCCGCCGCCGAGCUGCCCGCGCUGCUGCUCAACACGCUGCUGCUGGACCGCGUGGGCCGCCGCCCGCUGCUCACCGCCGCCUGGCUGCUGACGGCCACCGCGCUCAUUGCCAUCCCCUGCCUGCCCGACCCCAGCAGCGGUGCGGGCACGGCUCUGUUCCUGGCGGGCAAGAUGGGUGCCACAAUGGCGCUCAACGCGUUGUACGUAUACACGGCGGAGCUGUUUCCAACGCGCGCGCGGCAGCGCCUGCUGGCGGCGUGCUCGACGUGCGGCCGCCUGGGGGCCAUCCUGGCGCCGCAGACGCCUCUACUGGCAGUUUACGGAGCCUGGGUGCCAACCACUCUCCUGGGCGCCCUGCCGCUGAUCAGCGCAGCGCUCACGCGGCUGGUGCCGGACACCCUCGGCCGACACCUUCCAGACUCCUUCGCAGACCUGGACAACUCCGCUGCCACCACCGACACAGACAUCCCUUAGGCAGCCUCCCCCAUGGCGCUAGAGCUGAUGGUCAGAUUUUGAAGAACCUGAUAAAAGUUGAUAUAUUGUACGAUCCCUAUAACUCAUAACUUAUUACAUCUGCACUAUACUAUCACGCCGAGAGAUAAUAAUGUCUACCCAUUUUUCUUCUUAUCCCACAGAUAUAACUCACAGUUGAUAUAGGGGAAUACAUUUAAGGUGUCAAUUACUUAUUUACUUAAAAGCGGUGAUGUUUUGAAACUUCUAGUAAUGCAGAUGUGGUUUGUAGUAGUUAUUUAACAUCGCGUCUCUAUUGCUCUCUAUACCUAUGCACGAGUAGUUAAACAAAUAAUGGCCAUCUGGUCUGGAACCGUGACUGUACAAUAUUGAAAAGGUUGCCUUUAUCAAGGUCCUCUUGAAAUUUUCUCAUCAGCUCCAUAGCUGCCAUGGAUUUAUGGAUCUCAACGUAUAGCAAUGUAAGGGUGAACAGGUUUACGACGUCUCGAGCAGUGCAUUGAGAGACAUUAGUGUUAGUAUGAGUUAUAUAGCUUUAAUUUGUUGAUUCGCAAACAUUACAUGUUACCAAUUAAAGAAUCUAAAACAUUCACUCUGAGAGGUUUAUUCGUAUUAUAUUAUAUUAUAUAUAAAUAAAAUGGAUAAAAGUAUUAGGAGCGCAUAAUUGGGUUAUGCUAUCGUUCAAAUAUCAUAUAAGGUAAAGCAGUUAUUUAUUUUUUCGCUUUUAUUUAUUUUUAUGUCAAAUGUAGCUAUGGAUACAAUAUCUCAACUUGUACAUUCAAAUCAAUAGUACUUAUAUGCCUCUAACAAAAGUCCGUCGGUUAAAAUAAUAUAUUGCUUUUAUUUACUGAGUAACGCUAACAGAAUUGGUUGUUAAAUGAUGCAGAAUUAAUAUUUUCUUAAUACCGGAUUUGAUACCGAACAAUGUAAGUAUCUACUUAUAUAAGUCGUUAAAUAAUUUUGGACGGAUUUAUAAAGUUUUUAAAAUAUUGAUUCUGGUUAAAUAAUUGAAAAAAGUCGAUGGCCUAACCGUAUUUUACGUUCCGUUAAUUAAUAGCUUAUUAUGUAUUACUAAGUUUUCGAAUUGUUAGUUUUAAGUGCCGCACAUAUUCCCAAACAACAACAAUGCACUGGACGUUUGAUAUGACAAAUUGUUAUGUAAUUAAUAAUUAAUUAAUAUAUCUUUUUUUAAUUCGUAAAAUAAAUACCUAAGUAUAGAUUUCGUAAUUUUGUAAGACAAAAUUAGAAGUAAGAUUGAUAACAUGUCUAAAGUGACAAUAAACUAUUUUGAUA